GCGACCACCAUGCGCCUGUGCAAUGGCCUUUCUCUACGCAGUUGUUUAGAUUUGUCGAUUUGAUGGAUACUUCCACUUAUAAUAGUUUCUCAAUUAGCUAAAAGUCUUCGAAAUAUUUUUGUUUGUGUUAAGAUAAGGAGAAUUUCCAAAAGAAAUUGUAUAGUUGUUACAGCAAAGAUUGCGCUGUGUUUUGGAUGAGCUUUUCUCUGGAGUUCUCAUCCCCUGUUGUUGGCUAUUUUGGGAGUUUAUCAACUUUUCAAGCGAUUCUUGUCAUUUUCGUUGAUAAUGGAGUUUCACGUUGGUGGGUCUGUUGGGGUCGUUGUCAGUGGGAAUAACGUACCUGCAUUUCUCACAAAACUUUGGACUCUUGUUGAGGAUCCUGACACCGAUCCUCUAAUCUGCUGGAGCCCAAAUGGCAACAGCUUCCAUGUMUUUGAUCAGUGCCGAUUUUCCAAGGAGGUGCUUCCCAAGUAUUUUAAACACAAUAACAUGGCCAGRUUUGUGCGCCAGCUCAAUAUGUAUGGCUUCCGCAAAGUAGUUCACAUUGAGCAGGGCGGCCUGGUGAAGCCUGAGAAGGACGACACUGAAUUCCAGCAUCCCUACUUCCUCCGCGGACAAGAGCAUCUGCUGGAAAAUAUCAAACGUAAAGUUACCAAUGUGUCCAAUGUUAAACAUGAUGAGCUUAAGAUGAGCUCAGACGAUGUCUCGAAAAUCCUGACCAACGUGCAGCACAUAAAGGGCAAGCAGGAGACCAUAGACUCCCAAAUCAUCGCRAUGAAGCAUGAGAAUGAAGCUCUGUGGAGGGAGGUGGCCAGCCUCAGACAGAAACACGCCCAGCAACAGAAAGUCGUCAACAAGCUCAUCCAGUUCCUAGUGACCCUGGUGCAGUCCAACAGAGUCCUGGGGAUGAAGAGAAAGAUUCCCCUGAUGCUGAAUGACAGCAGCUCCGCCCACUCCUUGCCCAAGUUCAGCAGGCAGUACUCUCUGGAACAUCUUCAGGCCUCGCUGCAGGGCUCGCCUGCUAUCUCCGCCUCGGGCGCACCAUUCACCAGUACCGGUCUCUUCACGGCAGAGACGUCUCUUAACAACGGCCCCAUAAUCUCUGACGUCACCGACCUGGCACAGGCCAGCCCUGUGGAGGUCACUAAUGAGUGGAUAGAGGAAAGCAUGAGCCCAUUGGUCCACAUAAAGGAGGAGCCGUCCAGUCCCGUGUUGGAGGAGGUGUGUUCGGCCGAGGCCGUGAUCGGUGGGGCAGGAGUCCAGGUAGACACGCCCCUGUCCCCCAUCACCUUCAUCAACUCCAUCCUGCAGGAGAGCAACGAGCCUAACGCGUCCCCUGCCCCAACGACCRCUACGGAGCAAAAGUGUCUCAGCCUCGCCUGUCUAGACAAUUCUACACAGAUGUCAGAGGUCUCUCGCCUCUUCCCCAGCCCCUCCUCGACUCUACACCUCAGACCUCACCCAGGGAGUGAGCUGAGUGACCAUUUGGACAGCAUCGACAAUGGCCUGGAAAACCUCCAGACUAUCCUAAACGCGCAGUCCAUCAAUUUCGAGUCCUCACCCCUCUUUGAAUUCUUCAGUUCUUCCCUGCCUGGUUCUGAAUUCGACCUGGAGAGCCUUGACUGUAUCCAGGACUUGCUUUCAUCAGAUCCACCCAAAGGGGCUGAGAGAAGUGACAACUACACAGCAGGGAAGCAGCUGGUCCAGUACACCUCCCAGCCAAUGCUACUGACUGACCCACUGACCAAUGAGAAUGGCGGAGCGGACCUCCCCACUCUGCUGGAGGGGGACUCGUAUUUCACCCAGGACCAGGACCCUGAAGAAGACCCUACCAUCUCGCUCCUCACUACCGACUACCACACAGCAGCACCAGACAAGCCCAAACUAUCCUAAAGCGUUUUUUUUAUAAAGUGAUGUAUUGCAGUGUUUUUUUGUUUUUUUUGUUUUUUGUCAUUAUGUUAAUGUGCAGAUGAUGAAAAAUCAACCUGUUAAAACAUUUAUUAUUAUGGUGUUCAUUAUUCUCUGAGCUAUUGAUUUUCAUUCAUUUUAAGGCUUAAACUACUUAUUGAAAGAAUUUUGCUUAGAUGAAUCAAACCAAAUGUUCGACUGGCAUGGUUUAUUCAGCCCAUGGAAAGAACUUCCUGGGUUGAAUUAUCUGUGAUCUUACUGGCGGACAUAAAUAAAGCUCAAUCAUAAUCAUUACUAGGUCAAGUUUUAAGCAUUGUUCACCAAGCUCCUUUAAUUAUUAAAAGUGGAAGUAUGCKGAAUAUUUUUUUGGUUAUACUAAAGGUUAAAGAUCUAAUACAUUUCAAAGGUGUGUGCGUGCAUGGUCCACUAGACUCCACCUGAAUCAUUUCUCUCUUGUCAACUCUGUUCUUUUAGACUCACUAUCCAAGGGAUGUGGCUUGACUGUUUCUAGAAAAAAACMGUUUUUGUUUCUUUUCUUUUUAAUGUUUAGGUUCUUGCGCUUUCACCUAUUGAUAUAAGGAUAGUACCUUAAUCAUCAUUUUUUUAAAGUGUUUGAAUCUUUUUGCUGCACCAAUAUGUUGUUUUAUUCACAUUAGAUGCAGGAAGUGUUUUCUUUGACAUUUUCCCUUGCAUAAUUCAUAAUGGAAUGCUGUUGGUAUUUCAGCACCUUAUAGUUAUACUGUCGUAUCUAAGAUUGUUCCAUUUUAUUACUUGUUGUUUAAAGAACCAUACAUUAAUUUAUUUUAGACAGAGUUCUCCAAAACACCAAAUACUACUUACUCUAGCCCUCAGAAGUGUCAAUGUUCACAUGCAUAUAGUCUGGAUGACAAAAUCAUAUUGAUUUUUUAAAUAAUAUAAUGAAACAUUGAGUAUUAAAUGGCAAUUCAUAUUUUUUUCUUUAAGCAUUUUUUCUUAAAGACUAGAUGACCAACUGUCAAUAAAAUAUUACACGUCAGA